ACCAACCAUGUGUCUUAAGCUCUUAAAAGAGUAGGUGUUCAAAGCCAAGCAGUUCUGAGUGAUUAGAGUCUAGCACUCCAGCUCCAGCUGAAGUUGAUCCUGGGUCAGGAUGGUGUUUGAAGAAAGAUCAGAGUCAGGAGGAUGCCAACAGAAGCCAAGCUCAGGUGCCUGCUGCCUCUGUCCCCUAGAAGACCCAAGCAGACAGAGUUCACCAGGCUCUCAGUGCCCCCAGAAAGUGGCAGCCUUGACCCCCAGUCUGAGUUCUGGGUUCUGGUCAUUACCAGCAACAAACCUUGUCAGUCAAGAAUGCUAGGAUGGGAGGAUAUGGUCCCUGCCACCAGGCAUGCUGAUUCUGUGGGAGAGUGAGGGCAGCCACGGCAACAGCAGAGAGACCUGAGCUCUGAAGGGCUUCAGCCAAGGGCCCCAGCCCCUUCCAGGGAUGGAGUAUUUCUUGGCAGAAGCCAGUAUUCAUAGGAUUAGAGCUUUGCAAAGUGGGAGCAGGGAGGGCUGAGCACAGAGCAGGAGGAAUGCGCAGUGGCAGAUAAAUUCAGAUCAUUCUUGGGGUCUGGAGAUCCCCAAAGGUGAACGCCUUGAGAGCCAGACCUUAUGGCUGAAGUUAACCCUAUCCAGGCCACAGGGGAUAGGCCUAGUUCAACACCUAAAGGAGCCACUGAGGACAGCUGGAGCGAAGACACAAGUCAGCAGCACCUCUCUGCCGCCUCCCUCCCACUUCCCCUCUCCCUCCCCUUCAGAUGAAUGGCCAGAAGGGCCCAGACUAUGAGGGGUAGGGGGAGAAAUGAAAAGAAAAGGGGCAAAAAUAAGAGAGCUGACGAUGGGCAUCCAAGCGUUGUAAGAGUUUUGGAAAUGAAGGAUCUGGAGGGAGAAUUGGUCAAUGGAUGCGUCAGCCUCCGAGCUGUACUCAGAGGACGGGGACAAAGACGGGUCUGUGUACUUGGCCAAACUUGAAAGGAAUAGGUUGGUCGUCUUAGAGCCCCUGGGACCCGGCCUGGGCUUCCCCACGAGGGGUCUGUCGCCACCCCCCCCCCCAGGCGGGGGGGCUCGGGCCCGCGCACUACCCGUGGUGAGACGGCGCCGCGCCAGGCGGCGCUGGAGGCGGGCGGGCGGGCGAGCACCUCCGUCGCCCUUUCCCUCCUUCCCCGCUUCUCCCGCCAGAGUGAGAGGCCUGUGUCUGGCAGGGGAACGAGCGUCCCGCCCCCGGUCCCGGGUCUGGGCCGCCAAGCGGACAUCAGGACAUCACGAAGGGGCGGGCGGCUCCCGGGGCAGCCCCGCCGCCCCGCUCGGUGCGCCCGCCCCCGGGAGCCGGACGUGGCGCCUCCCCCGCGGCGGCGGGAGCUGGGAGGUGGGGUCGGGAGCCCGAACCCGGGGCUCUGAUGUCACCGCGCGGCCGCCAGCGCCCGGGAGCGCGUCUCGGGCUGGAGCUCAGGUCCCGGCGCAUGUCCUGAGCCCUACUUCCCUGACGGUGAACCCAACAGGAAAGGCCGAGAAAUGCACUGGCCAACGGCCAUCCGCUCUCCCAGAGUCCCCGUGGCCCCGCACUACUGCUGCUCCGCGUGAUUUUGUCGCCCCCACCGGGCCCGUGCCUCUCUUAUCCCUGGAGCCCCUCGACUCAGCUUGA